CGGAGGGGUCCAGUCCUCUGCCGCUCUCGCUCCGGGAUCGCCCGCACUAGAGACGCAGUAGCGCUCUAAUCGCCCACACCCACCGCGCCCUCGCUCGCCUGUCGGUGCCGCAGCCGCCGCCCAGCCCAUCGCCACCCUUUGCAGCCAUGUCCACCAGGUCUGUGUCCUCGUCCUCCUACCGCAGGAUGUUCGGCGGCCCCGGCACCGGGAGCCGGCCGAGCUCCACGCGCAGCUACGUGACCACGUCCACCCGCACCUACAGCCUGGGCAGCGCCCUGCGCCCCAGCACCAGCCGCAGCCUCUACACCUCGUCCCCGGGCGGCGGGUAUGUCACGCGCUCCUCCGCGGUGCGCCUUCGGAGCAGUGUACCCGGCGUGCGCCUGCUGCAGGACUCCGUGGACUUCUCGCUGGCGGACGCCAUCAACACCGAGUUCAAGAACACCCGCACCAACGAGAAAGUGGAGCUGCAGGAGCUGAAUGACCGCUUCGCUAACUACAUUGACAAGGUGCGCUUCCUGGAACAGCAGAACAAGAUUCUGCUGGCCGAGCUCGAGCAGCUCAAGGGCCAGGGCAAAUCGCGCCUGGGGGACCUCUACGAGGAGGAGAUGCGGGAGCUGCGCCGGCAGGUGGAUCAGCUUACCAACGACAAGGCCCGCGUCGAAGUGGAGCGCGACAACCUGGCCGAGGACAUCAUGCGGCUCCGGGAGAAGUUGCAAGAGGAGAUGCUGCAGAGAGAGGAAGCCGAGAGCACCCUGCAGUCUUUCAGACAGGAUGUUGACAAUGCUUCUUUGGCACGUCUUGACCUUGAGCGCAAAGUGGAAUCCUUGCAGGAAGAGAUUGCCUUUUUGAAGAAACUCCAUGAGGAGGAAAUCCAGGAGCUGCAGGCCCAGAUUCAGGACCAGCAUGUCCAGAUCGAUAUGGAUGUUUCCAAGCCCGACCUCACGGCUGCCCUGCGAGACGUCCGCCAGCAGUAUGAAAGCGUGGCUGCCAAGAACCUUCAGGAGGCUGAGGAAUGGUACAAGUCCAAGUUUGCCGACCUCUCUGAGGCUGCUAACCGAAACAAUGAUGCCCUGCGCCAGGCGAAGCAGGAGUCCAAUGAGUACCGGAGACAGGUGCAGUCCCUCACCUGCGAAGUGGACGCCCUCAAAGGGACUAAUGAGUCUCUGGAACGCCAGAUGCGUGAAAUGGAGGAUAACUUUGCCGUCGAAGCUGCUAACUACCAAGACACUAUUGGCCGCCUGCAGGAUGAGAUUCAGAACAUGAAGGAAGAAAUGGCCCGUCACCUUCGGGAGUACCAGGACCUGCUGAAUGUCAAGAUGGCUCUCGACAUUGAGAUUGCCACCUACAGGAAGCUGCUGGAAGGCGAGGAGAGCAGGAUUGCUCUGCCUCUUCCAAACUUUUCUUCCCUGAACCUGAGGGAAACCAAUCUGGAUUCCCUCCCUCUGGUCGAUACUCACUCAAAAAGGACACUUCUGAUCAAGACGGUUGAGACUAGAGAUGGACAGGAAAGAAAUGGCCGAAAGCUGUUGUAAUCUUCAUAGAAUCUCCUCUUGCACAUACAUGUAAAAUGUUAUCAAUGAAACUUCUCAGCAUCACGAUGACCUUGAGUAAAGAUGGCACAGAGUCGGUGCAGCGGUCACUACUAGCAAGAAUAAAAACAGAAAUCCGUAUCUUAAAGAAACAGCUUCCAAGUGCCUUUCUGCAGUUUUUCAGGAGCGCAAGAUAGAUUUGGAAUAGGAAUAACCUCUAGUUCUUAAGAACCAACACUCUUAAAAGAUUUAGGAAAAAGUUUACAACAUAAUCUAGUUUACCAAGAAAACUUGUGCUAGAAUACUUUUUAAAAAGUAUUUUUGAAUACCAUGAAAACUGCUUUUUUUCCAACAAGUAUCUGACCAACUUGUUUCUGCUUCAAUAAAUCUUUGGAAAACUC